AUGGCUUCGUCAACCAAGACGAUGAUGCCUCGCGCCGCCUCGCGCCUUCUAUCUACCACGCUGGAAUGCCACAUCCGACCAUCACCGAGGUUCUCUCGGAGCAGCGCCGCACCGAUGGCACGUCCCCUGAGUACGCGGGCGGGAUAUGCAGUGUCGAGACCACAAGCUCCGACGAGUCUGUUGCGGCAGCAGCGUCAGCGUCAGCAGAAGUUCCUGUCGGCCGUGGGAGGCGUGCGCAGCAUCUUCAUCCAAACGGAGGGCACGCCCAACCCCGACGCGCUCAAGUUCAUUCCGAACCACCAGGUGGUCCCGGAAAGCCUCAACACGCCCUUCAUCGAGUACAUGAGCCCCCGGUCAACUAUCUCGCCGCCGUACCCGUCCCCGCUGGCGUCGAAGCUGAUGAACAUUGACGGCAUCACGUCCGUCUUCUACGGCGCCGAUUUCAUCACCGUCACCAAGUCGGCCGACACCGAGUGGGCGCACGUGCGGCCCGAGAUCUUCGCCCUCGUCACCGAGGCCAUCACGUCGGGCGAGGCCAUCGUCAACAUCACCGCCAACCACGACGGCGCCGAGCACGAGGCGGAAGAGGACAGCCUCGCUUACAACGAGAACGACGACGACGUCGUCGGCAUGAUCAAGGAGCUCCUUGAGACCAGGAUCCGUCCCGCCAUUCAGGAGGACGGCGGCGAUAUCGAGUUCCACGGCUUCGACGACGGCGUCGUCAAGCUUAAGCUUCGCGGGGCUUGCAGGACGUGUGACUCCAGCACCGUCACCCUCAAGAAUGGUAUUGAGAGUAUGCUCAAACAUUAUAUCGAAGAAGUCACCGAGGUCCAUCAGGUCAUGGAUGAGGGAGAGCAGAUUGCGAUCGACGAGUUUGCCAAGUUCGAAGAGAAGCUGAAGCAGCAGAAGGGGGCCAUUCCCGCAUAG